AAUGGAUUAGUCUGAGAAUUUCUUAAUCUUUAGUAUUAACACAUACCAGGAACUAGUCAACUACAAGCAGCGUGUAAUAACCUUAAUUUGGAACCUCGUUUGUUUCAUCAACUUUAUUCAAACUUUACUUUUUAUAACUCAUUGAUCACUCCUUCAAUUUUGUACUAACAUUUUAAAGAAUAGUGUAUCAUCAUGAUAUACUGGUGCACUGUCCAAAUACAUCCAAAUUAAAAAUUGUCUUAGUUUAGAUGGAUUAUAUUUAAUUAUGUAUUUUCAAUUGCAGGCCAAGUUUCUUAAAGCCUGUGGUACUUUACCAGGGACACCUGUUGAAAUUCGGAAAACAUUUGAGAAACUGAAAGUGUCACCCUCUCCCAAUAAACAUUCUGAGCCAUCAAAGUUUCAUUCUUGGCUUCCGAAUGAGUCUGUUGAGAAACUUCAACUGGAUUUUCAUUCAGUUAACCCCCAAACACCCUUGAAAAAUUUUCAAGAAUUGGGAGAUAGUACAGACUCUUUUGAGCACACACCAGACAGGCAUAUACGAGCGAGUUGCAACUUAAAGUGGAUCACUUGCUGGAAAAGAAUGCAAGACUCAAGAGACAGCAACAAAAGGCAUGCAUCUUCAUUUAUAUACAUAAAUACACACAUUUUAGUUACUAGUGAUUUUGUUUGUUUAUGUUUAUGUUUCAAUAUUUCAUCAAGUGAACCUUAUCUUCAUUUCGUUCUUGCAAAAUGGGAUCUGGUUUAACUUUGUGCGUUUGUAUAGUGUGUUUCUAGUUUCUUAUCAUUGUACUACUUUAUCAUGGAACAAUCUAACAACUUGUAGCUUUGUGGCUUUCUGCUACUAUUCUCAGUGCAAAACAGCUGAAGAAAUGUUUAAUAACUCUAGAACUUAGAUGGUUUGUACAUUAUAGCUGUAAUUUGUAUAGUGUGUUUCUGGGAUUUGACUCUCAUGUGGCAUUUGUAUAGUGUGUUUCUAGUUUCUUAACUUUAUU